AUGCUUUCCAUGCCGUCGCUGGUCACCGUCAACAACAACAUUUCCCUGCUGAGCAUUACAAUCGCUCCAACCACAUACGUCGCAACGCUGACCUUGUCCUUUGUCUUCGUCUACCUAUACAUCGUUCAGAUCUCCUUCUCUUCCUUCCACCCAGGGGCCAUGAACCUGAUUGGCCUGUACAACGGUGCCAACAUGGGUCUGUUCAAGACCGUCUUCGAGGUCAACAACAUGCAGCUCUUUCUCAAAGACAAGGAGUCGAGCCUAAGAUCACCGCUCUUUCUCGUGAUCCGAGACCACCUUGGCACGACGCCCCUUGCGAACCUGCGCAACACCCUGGUCCAGGACCUGACCAAGAUCUGGUCCUCCAUCUCCAAGACCAAGACCGGCAACUGUCGAGCCUGA